ACAUGUUCGAUUCGAAUCAGCUGUAUUCAUUCGCGAAUCUCUUUUUUUAGAAAUUUGUAAAAAAAAUAAUUUUAUUUUUUAAAAAAUGAAAACAAUAACAUUUAUAACCGGAAAUCAACAUAAAUUAAAAGAAAUUUUAAAUAUAAUUGGUGAUCAAUCACAAAAAUUUAAUAUUGUUCAUCGUAAAAUUGAUCUACCCGAAUAUCAAGGUGAUUUAGAAUUUAUUGUCCGGGAAAAAUGUAAAAGUGCUAUACGUAUUGUAAAUGGACCAGUAUUGGUUGAAGAUACUUCACUUAAUAUUAAAGCCUUAAAUGGAUUACCCGGUCCAUAUAUAAAAUGGUUUAUGGAUGCAAUAGGCAGUGAAGGAUUGCCUAGAUUGAUAAAAGAUUGGGAUGAUAAAACAGCUACAGCUAUUUGUAUGAUGGCUUUUAUGGAAACCAUUGAUAGUCCUGUUCAUAUUUUUAACGGUAUGGUUGAUGGUAAAAUUGUACAACGAAGAGGUCGUUUAGAUUUUGGUUGGGAUCCUUGUUUUCAACCAAAUGGUUAUCAACAAACAUAUGGUGAAAUGGAUUAUUCAUUAAAAAAUACAAUAUCACAUCGUUUUCUUUGUACUAAAAAAUUGAAAGAAUUUCUAUUAAAUCAUAAUUUUAAUUAAUUAAUUAA